AUGCCGGCCUCCAGCUCUGCCACCCCGUCGUCCGCGAAUGGCCGCCGCCCCAGCCGGUCUGGGGGCUCCGCCAAAGGCACGGUCAUCCUGAAGCUGUCGUCCGAUCUGUUGAGCCGGUUCGCUCCUCCUCCGGCCGAACCCAAGGAGAAAAAGGGAAGCAAGAGCAGCGAGGCCCGUCCGGAGUCUCCCGUCAAGGAACAGCCGUCGUCUCCGGCGUCCUCCGCGGCCGAGAUGCCCCUGCCACCGUCUUCAGUCGACAAUGCCUCCGACGCCGCGUCGACGCCCGCCGCGGGCACGUCCAAUCCCGACACACCGCGCCGCAAGGGCAUGCCGGGGCCCAAACCGGGCAGCAAGAGAGGCCCCGGGACUCCGAACGAGACGUACCCCAGGCCGCGAGGCAAACCCGGCCCUAAGAAGAAGCCUCGGAUGGACGAUGGAACAUUCGACGCCGGAAAGCUCGUGGCGGCGCAUAAGCUAGGCCCCAAGGCCAACACGGGUGCCAUCAAUGCCGGCCUCCGUGCCUUGGAUCGGUCGGGAGCGCCCUGCCGCCGGUGGGAGCGCAAGCCUCUCCAGCUGAAGAGCUUCACGGGCGUGCAGUGGGGUCUCUCCUCGUGGCGCACUCCUCGGCCUCAACCCCAGGAAAACGGCGAGUCGAAGGAGGGUAUGCUGGAGACUGGGGACAGUGACAGUAAGGCCAACCAGAGUGCCAGCGGAGUCCCCAGUGAGAAGAGCAACUCUGGCGAUGGAGAUCUCACGCCGGUGCCUCCUAAUAUUGCUGAGCCGUCGUCACCCGCUAUUGCCAUGACUGCGUAG